UCGUUUAGCGACUCGAACUCACAUUGAGAAACUAUGUGAAAAGAGAGAGAGAGAGAGAGAGAGAGAGAGAAAGAGAGAGCAUCAGAAAAAAAGGUAGACAGACGCUCUACAGUCAUUUGAAGAUUUUCUAGCGCUCUGUAGACAUCAGCAUCCGUGCACAAGCCGCUGAGGAUUAUUCAUUUUUCUUUUAUUUAACCUUACGACCAGUACUUGAAUUGAAGUGUAUCAAAAAUAGUUUACAGGUAUAUAAAAAAGAGAUUUCUGGGGGGUGAGGGAAGUUUUGAGGACUUUUAUUUUUUCACAUUUUUUUCACUUAGAUAGACGAGUUUGAAAUUGUCAUCAGCUUUCCCACGUGCUUAUACUAGUCUGACAAGUUCACGGCACUUUGUCGUUCCUCCAAAAAAACAAAACAAAACAAAACAAAAAAACAACUCCAACAUCCACAGAGGAAUUUGGUUUUAAAAUGAUGUGCCAAAGUCUUACUUCGACUUAUUUCUAUUUGGAUACAAUUAAUUAAGAUCCCAACUUUUCUCACCUUUACUGAACUUUUAUCAUUUAGUUUAUGCGAGAGAUAAACUGCAGCUGCUGACCGGUCAUUCAUUUAGCUUAUCAUUUAGUGAAAUACCUGUAGAUUAGAAAAAGUCGGUGCAGCGCACGUUCCAUUCUAAAGAAAGGCUGAACUCGACUCCAGCUUUCUCGGACACUCGUCGCAAUAUGCUCUUCGGGAGUUUGGACCUGGUGUCUGCGCUGGCCACGCUGGCCGCGUGCUUGGCCUCAGUGGCGCUCCUGAUCGCCGUGUCUCAGCAGCUGUGGCAGCUCCGCUGGACCGCCACGCGGGACAAGAACUGCAAACUGCCUAUGCCAAAGGGCUCCAUGGGCUUCCCUAUCAUCGGCGAGACGUGCCACUGGCUGGUCCAGGGUGCAGGGUUCCAUGCUUCGAGGAGGCAGAAGUAUGGUAACGUGUUUAAAACUCACUUGCUGGGCCGUCCAGUGAUCCGAGUGACGGGAGCAGAGAAUGUACGGAAGGUGCUGAUGGGGGAACACAGUCUAGUGAGUGUGGACUGGCCCCAGAGCACCAGCACUCUUCUAGGACCCAACAGCCUUGCCAACUCCAUUGGAGACAUCCACCGCAAGAAGAGAAAGAUCUUUGCUAAAGUCUUCAGCCAUGAGGCUCUAGAGAGCUACUUGCCUAAGAUCCAGCAGGUGAUCCAGGAGACUCUACGUAUUUGGAGCUCCAACCCAAAUCCCAUCAAUGUGUACCGUGAGUCUCAGUACCUGUCCUUUCAGAUGGCUGUCCGUGUGCUCCUUGGUUUCCGCAUUUCAGAUGAAGAGAUGCACUUCCUUUUCCACACCUUCCAGGAGUUUGUGGACAAUGUUUUUUCAUUGCCCAUUGACUUGCCCUUCAGUGGUUACAGAAAGGGCAUUCGUGCAAGGGACACACUUCAGAAGGCCAUCGAGAAAGCCAUCAGGGAGAAGCCACUGUGUACACAGGGGAAGGACUACUCUGAUGCCUUGGACGUGCUUCUGGAGAGUGCCAAAGAAAAUGGGACAGAGCUCAGCAUGCAGGAGCUAAAGGAAUCCACCAUUGAGAUGAUUUUUGCUGCCUUUGCCACUACGGCCAGUGCCAGCACCUCUCUGGUCAUGCAGUUGCUGCGGCACCCAGCGGUGUUGGAGAAGAUGCGUGAGGAGCUGCGCAACUGCGGCCUUCUGCAUGACGGCUGUUUGUGCCAAGGUGAACUGCGGCUUGACAGCAUCUGCAGCCUCAAGUAUCUGGACUGCGUCAUCAAGGAGGUGUUGCGCCUUUAUGCACCAGUGUCAGGGGGAUACCGCACUGCCAUGCAGACCUUCGAACUUGAUGGUGUGCAAAUACCUAAGGGUUGGGGUGUUAUGUACAGCAUCCGAGACACUCAUGACACGUCAGCCGUUUUUAAGGACGUGGCGGCCUUCGACCCCGAUCGCUUCAGUGCAGAGCGCAGUGAGGACCGCGAGGGCCGCUUUCACUACCUGCCCUUUGGAGGUGGUGUGCGCUCAUGCCUGGGGAAACAGCUGGCCACACUCUUCCUCAAGCUGUUGGCCGUAGAGCUGGCUGGGGGGAGCCGCUUCGAGCUGGCCACGCGGACGUUCCCACGUCUGGUCUCCGUCCCCGUGGUCCACCCGACUGAUGGCCUCCGAGUCAAGUUCUUUGGCCUAGACUCCAACCAGAACCAGAUAAUGUCCAAGACAGAUGAGAUGCUUGGUGCCACUGUGUGAGAGGGGAAAGGUGGAGGAAGUGGAUGAGAGAGUUAUUUUUUCAAGCGGCAAAAAUCUAGUGAGUUGAUAGAGACACUCUUCUUUGUCAGUUUCAAGAUGUCAUUUUUGUUUGCCAAAAAUGUACAGUCUAUCUUUUUCUAUAAAAAUAUAAAAGGUAUAAUAAAAAAAAAACAUAAA